AUGGUUGCGCUACAGAGGUCGGUGACGUCGUUCAGGAGGCAAGGCUCGUCGGGCCUGGUGUGGGACGACGACAAGCUCAUCUUAUCUGGCGUUCUCAACCCAAUCAAACCUGGCGGCGGUGCUCACGACGGCGGCAACAAGAUCGACUGCGCACAACUCAGGCAGUCGCAGAGCGCCGGGACGAUAGGCAUGAUGAAGCGCAGUAGUUCCGCUGUUGAAGCUCCAGCUCAGCCUCGUCAAAACGUCGUCGUCCCUUCCUCGGACGUCGGCCCAACUCCUCGUAAGGUCUCCGGUUGCUGCUUUUCUGGCGUCUUCGGAAGAUCGGCGAAGAGCCCAUCUCCAAAAACCUAAAAAAUGAUCCAAACAAAGCAAGUCUGAUUGCGAAUGGCGAUUAGUACAAGGUUUCUGUGUGCAUGUAUUCCUGGAUUUUUUUUCUCCUGCCCCUUCUCAAAGUGAGGUAGGUACUACGUAGCGCAUAUCAUAAUCAAGGGAGGUCAAUGACAC